AUGAAACCACCUUUUCCUCCAAAAAUAAAUAUUAAAGAUUUAUUUAUUCGUCACAAGAGCCAAAAAACAAAAAUAACAUCCGCAUCUACCACAACCAGCCUCGAUGAUAAAUCCAUAUCUUCACUAAGAUCUCCAAAUGCGUUUAUUUUAUAUCGAACAAUGUUUUUUCAAACUGCAAGAUCGCAAGGAUAUCAAUUACCCAUGACGGUUGUAUCAGCAAUGGCUUCUAAAUUUUGGAAACAAGAACCAAAAUAUGUUCAGGAUGAAUAUAAAAGGAUUGCAAAAGAAGCUAAAAAAUUUCGUGAUGAACUGAUUCCAAGCAAUAAAAUUAAUCGACGUAAUAAGAAAAAAGAUGUCUAA